CCAGUUCAUAUAAAAGGUGGAUCCUCAGCGAGAUCCCAGCAAAACCCAAUCAACCAUGAGGAGUACUAUUCUAGUGUUGGCCUUUGCCCUGGCAGCUGUUUCAGCUGUGCCCCUGCAGGAGGGUCAAGAUGCAUCUCUGCAGGAAUUGACCAAGGAAUUUGGCCUGGACUUCGACCUGAACUUCGACCUGGACCUGGGAUUCAAUGUGGACCAGGAACUUACUGAGGACGGCACUGUGGAGAUUGAUGAGUUCGCCUUCGUGGACCGAAUGGUGCACUUCCUCAUCGCCGAGUCGAAGGCCCUGGCCUGGGACAUUGUCCGGCUGACGGAGCGGCAGCUGCUCAAGAUCUUUCUCUACCCGAUGAGGCAGUUGGAGCAGCUGGCACAGGAUAUCGAGCGGAAGGCCCUGGACGCCGCCGAUUGCGCAGUCAAUGUGACGACCAAUGUGGCCGAAGUGGUGGCCUCGUCCACACUGGACUUUCUGGGCUGCGGACGCGAUGCCGCCCUCACCUCCAUCAAUCUCUGCCUGGACACCAAGAAGUCGGUUCUGCAGCUGACCCUCGAUGGCUACCAGAUCAUCAAGCUGCAGAGGAAAUGCAAGUCCCAUCCAGAGGGCGGAUUUCUGCGAAAGACCUGCAAAACAAGGUUGUACGCCAAGUGUAUGCUGUAUAUCGGCAAUGGCCAGGCGUCAAUGCGCCACUUGAUCGGACUGCGGAAAAGCGUUCCCGCCGUGGCCACCGAUGCCACCUCCUGCACCACCACGGCCACCGCCAACGCCGUGCGGGGAUUCGACGAGAUCAGCGCCACCAUCGACACCUGUGUCGAUACCAUGAUCAAGUGAAAACAAUUUGUGAAUAAAUUUAACAACGCAGCCCGAACUGAAAUAACAACUGGGGGUACUUUGAAAAAUAAUUGUUGGAUUAUCGUUGAAUUUGCCAUUACAUUUCCAAUUUAAUGGCAGCUUAAAAUGUUUAAUUUAAUUUAAUUUAAUUUAAAAAUCACGAUGUAAAAAUCCCUUAUUAAGAAUUUAAAAAUUGGUCAUACAAUUU